CUCGCCCAAUGCGGCUAGCGCAUGCGCCUGUGACGCCCAGAACCGCCAAAUGCUUCAUCACGUGAUUUGCGGUGUCGCGGCUGCUGAUUGGACCGCUCCCAUCGUGAUUUCCGUCCGGGUUUAUUCAUGAUUGUUGUUGCUGCUCAUACUCAACCAGCUGGCUGCACGGUCUGCGAGCUUUAGCGUCGAUAGCCCAGCAUAUCCAGGGCUUCAGGACUUCUCAUGGAUGUCAUCGGUCCUCGGUAAUGCCUCAUUCCGCCCCCGGGCACAGGCAUUGAAGAGCUCGCAAAUAUUCUACGCCGCAGCUUGGCGUCAGGAUGCCCAUUGUGCUCUUCCAAUAUCCCGUCCCCAGAACUCCGUGCGGUACAUACGACAUGACUCGGCAUUGCAAGAUGACCAGUCGAGUGGCCCUAGACCAAACUAUCGGUUGGGUGACCACCUUCAUGAGUCGAGAGGGUGGUUCCGGCGACUACGCCGUCGAGCGAAACAGAAUCCUGUUUCUAGCGAUGGGGUCAAAUCAACGCAAACUGCGCCGAGUGUCGCGCCUGAGCCAGUUGUCUCGAAUGCCGUGAAUAAGCAGAACGAAAACGAAGCAUCACAUCCCAAGCACACUUCUCGAUCUCAUAAAAACACACAAGGCCGUAAAUAUCUUUCUAUGGAGAUUUUUCAGCGAAAUAUGCUUCAUCUCACACUCUAUCGGUCUUUUCCUCAACUAAACUACGAAUAUCCCGCUUUUCCCACUCGGCCAAAUGCGGACCAGAUCUCUCUCUUAGAGACGAAUACAACAAUGCGAGUAGUGUCUCUUCCAGGGAUUCUGCAACAAUACUUGGCAAUAUUGGGCUCGCGAUCUUCUUUCAGAACAAUCCUAGACCCUAAUUCUUCCGAGGUUGGCGGUGCCAUUGGUAAUGUUUUUGAUGCUACAGCCUUGUCGUGUUUGUCCAAGAAAGGCUAUUCACCUAAUGAUGUGAUGGUAUGGGCAUGGAUUCUUACUGCAGAAAAAUCGUACCGGGCCGCGUUAAGGCUCUUUAUUUGGGAGUCUCAACAUCCUUCGCGGCCGCGAGCGCCACUAUUUGUCGUGAAACUUCUCAUGUACCGUGCCUCUCUCGACAUCAGGGCUUUCCGCCUUCUUCUAUCCUAUUCCUUGUCACGCAUCAAUCAACAAGCUAUAGGGACAAUAACGCCCAUGAUUCCGUUGGACCCACGCCAUAUUGAAAAUACAUCCUCGUCUGAGCUGCAGGGUAUCCCAAUGGACGCCAAAGUGACUAGUUCCCUGGUGAAACUCCUACUACGCAAAGCGCGUCAAUUAUGGCCUGCAGCACAACUUCAUAUCGCGCAGUCCUUUGCUUAUUAUUUAGUUCACCAGCUUCCUUUACGCCAUACGUAUACUGCAGAACAUGAUAUCAAUACUCUCCGUACUCAAUGUUUUAAUGAGUGCCUAUCGGAAUUAGCCAUACCUUCUCGUCAUAGUCCUUUCAUUUCCACAUCCAUCCAACAAAAGGCUCAGUUCGAACUGCUAAAGGCUAUGGCUACACACGAACCCGUACUCCCCGUCAGUCGCCAAGGUUAUCAAUCCGUUGUCGCAGUACAACUCUCCCACAAGAAGACCCCUGCAGAGAGGAUAUAUUCCGCUCAGAAAGCACCUUCGUGGCCCCCAUGGAAGGAACUCAAAAUGGGGAUUGAUACCUACCGAGGCAAUGAAGGAAUGAAAAGUCGCACAAUGCAAGCCUUGUCUCAAAUGAAAGCCGCCGGCUAUUCCCAUUCAAACUGGGAAGCAAUUGCUAGCAUUCUCGCGGGUUGGGAUACAGACGGCAGCCCUACAAUUCAAACUCGAAGCUUGGCAAUAUUUCCAAAGUCUCUAAAAUACCAAUCCAAUCAUCAAGAAAAGGAUUCAAUCCUUUGGUCUACACGGAUACGGGCUACUCGGACAUUACGAGAAGCUUGGGCUUGUUUCUUGUCCUAUCAAAACAUUUAUCCUGUUCCUAGUGAACGAGUGUAUCAUGCCAUAGCGAAAAAAAUAAUUUACAGUGAUAUCACACGGGACCAUAAGCAAAGUACUGCAGAUGCAGCACUGCCUGGUGACGGACUGGAAGUCUUUCCUGAGCCUAGCUCAGCUCGUGAUGUCAUAUAUGUCCCAACACAACCGCCUCCUCUAGAAGAUCUACUCAAGGAGAUGACCUCUCGAGGAAUUCGCCCGAAGGCAGAGUUUAUCUCCUUGCUAUUACGAAAUUGCCUUGACUUUUCCACCGGAAUGAGAUACAUAAACACCUAUAUGAAUCCAAAACAAAAAGAGGCCCUGUUGACUAUCCGUUCCGAAAACUACAAGACGAUCAAGACUCUCAAAGCCAUGGACACUCGUCUGUUUGAUUCUUUCAUUGUGUUUCUUUGCUCACACAUGAACUUCGAUGACCCAAAUCACCGCCCACACAAAACAGAUGCAUUCCCAAUCUUAAUGCAGGCGCACCCUUCUACGUCGACAAGAAGUGUCUUGGUUGCUCACAAAGAUUGGUUUACCGGAGGGAGUAAGGCUCGUAAUUCGCGGGCAUUGUCGCAUGCCGUACAGCUCCUGAAGACUACUAAGCCGCGACGAGUAUCAGCUUGGCUGCCAUUACUCAAAACUUUGGCUUCCGCAAGGGGGCUAACGAGCGAGCAUUAUCUCCACCGAGAUAGGCAAUGGAUCCUGGCGUGGUAUGAAAUCCUCGAGGUGUUAAAAUUGAUGACAGAGCUAGAGUUGGAACCUGGAAUGGAGGGCCUUACGAUUCUCUGUCAAGUAUUCUCUCACGCAGUGUCGGCUGGUGUCAGAGAUAUAACCACGGUCGAAGAAGGGUUAUUUCUGGCCGAAAAGGCAAACCAAGACAAUCAGUUAGGUUAUGCUGUUGCUGUUAGCUUUGAAGAUUUCGUCUACGAAGGCCUUCGAUAUUUGAAGUCCUAUUUCGAUCGGCUUGUAUACGCAAAGCCUAUUCUCAUGUCGGAAGCAGCAGAAAGCCCUGCCAUCGAUAAGGGGGCAUUCUCAAUUGGAGAAGAACUUCCUGAAAUGCUUCAAGUACCCAGCCCUGCUACCCUCCAUGCCUUGGUGAGAGCGUUAGGCGUGGCUGAAGACAACGAUGGCGUAUUGAACCUGCUCCAGUGGAUGAGUCGAGCCUCAUUGGAUCUCAAAGAGCGAUCCAACCAGCUCGGCAAUGGUGAGAGAAUGAUGCGUCGCACUCUGACCGCUGUUCGGGUGUUCCUUGAGGGUUCACGCGGAGAGAACAUGGUGCAUCGUGAUGUUGAUCCCCAAAAUACGGGGGAAAAUUCAGAACUCCAGCAUACCUUCUCUGAUGGCCACGUUCAAGAGGCGUACAACAUCAUCGAGGCCACCAAGAGCUGGGGCUCAUGGCCUUCAGACGCGGAGGUUCGAGAAUAUUGUUUAUGGCAAGCCAGGCUUGGUGCUUGAUAGGAUAAUUUCUAGUUCCUGUACAUAUAUAUGAUUUGUAUAAUAUCUGCUAAUCGCGUAGCUAAGAUACCACCUGCAUGAAAUCAGUUAGACUGUUAAGUUUCCA